AUGGCUUUCUCCUGCGAGGUCUGCGGCGCUUCCGUUAGCCGUAAGAGUGACCUCUCUCGACACGCCUUAAUACAUAUGGAUCAAGCUAAGUAUGUUGACCUUUCCUCCGUACCUGUGUUUCCGAGUCCAUCGUCAGUACUGACAGGGAUGCUGUUCCUUAGUCGACAUUUGUGCCCUCAUGAGGGUUGUGAUAGACAAACCCGAGGUUUCAAUCAAAAGGCAAACCUCAAUAAGCAUAUUAACUCUAUACAUGUACAGGACUCUUCGAAAACCUGGUAUACUUGCCGGAUAGAAGGUUGCGAGAAGAGGUUCGCGGAUCCAUCAGCCCGCAUUCGACAUGAGAAAAGUGCAAGGAUACACAGCUCUCUGCCUGCUCGUCAGGAAGUAUCGGCCCAGGCUACCCCCAUACAAGCAACCACUGGGGACGAUGUAACGUUGGGUCAGGCAGAAGGACUUCCGCAUCAAAACCAAAUAACAGGAUCAAAUAGCGUGCAAUAUCAAGACAAUGCCUACCCGGCAAUGGCAGCCCAACCACUAUACAUCCAAGAGCCUCUUCCCCCACAUCCGUCUUCUCAAGUUGACGGGUUGCCAGUCUCAUAUACUGAGCAAAACUACCUUACAGAAGACCACUUCAUGCCGAACUUGCAAACCCAGGUGGACCCCUUUGGCGGAAUACUUGUAUUCUCACCUCAAACUAUCAUCGACACUCCAUACGAAUGUCCUGUGAACGGAUACACAAACACGAACACGAACACGAACACGAACACGAACACGAACACGAACACGAACACGAACACGAACGCUAACGCUACCGAAUGGAUUGACUCGUACCCGUCAGCAGGAGGGCCUGGACCAUCCUCUUUUGUAGGAGCACAGAACACCUACGAUUGGUCACAAACAUACGGAGCAGGACCGGGGCCCAGCUCCUUCUCUAACCCAGGCUCAAGUUUUUUUGGAUACUAUCAAUAGGAUAUAGGUGAAGUAAACACCAAGGUGGAGAACCGGUGAACUCUGGAUGGACAGAUAGAGACCUAAAAACAAAUACCUUUUGACACUUUUGUAUAUUCUAACACAGCCGUAUCUUCUGUAUACCCGUUUUCUGUUUAUAUCAGCUGCUCCUUUUUCCACAUUAUACCUUUUUAUCUUGAUUGUAUGACACUCAGUUCUUGUCCUCAUUACCUUUUUACUUC